AUGCCAAGUGGCACAGCCACAGCCGCGGCGCCGGCUACAUCCAGCAAUGCUACAGGCCAGCGCUUGAUAUUCCUGUUCACAUAUGCUGCGUACAUUGCGGUGUACUUCACCCGCAAGCCAUUUUCAGUAGCCAAGUCCACUUUGAUGGCGGAAAACGUGCACACGGAGAGCGAGCUCGGACUCAUCGACACGGCGUUUCUCGUGUCGUACGCAGUGGGUCAGUUCGCGUCCGGCCCCGUUGCGUCCUUUCUUGGGUCGAACCUUGGUCUUGCGUUGGCGUUCUUGGGUACUGGCGUGUGCUCGUGGGUGUUUGGGUCGAGUCCUUCCAAGGACAUGCGGUCGGUCGCUUGGCUGGCCAAUGGCCUCUUUCAAGCGUUCUUCUUUCCGUUCAUCAUGGACGUGUUGCGCGCUUGGUUUCCUCCAUCUAGUCGCGGUCAAGUCUUGGGUUUGUGGACAACGUGCCAGCAACUGGGCGGGUUUGCGACCAGUGCUUUUGGUGCGUACAUCCUGGGCACCUCCACGUGGCACAACGUCUUUGUCUUGCCCGCAUUCGUGUCGUUUUUGUUUGCAUUUAUGUGCCUGUUCGUGCUCCAAACGUCCCCUUCGUCUGCUGUGGCACCAUCCUUAGCUAACAACCUCCCAACCUCUAGCCAGCCCUGGUCUGUACCCCACUUGACCAACGUCGGCAGUGCGUACUUUUGCGUCAAGCUCGUUCGGUACACGUUUCUAGGUUGGCUUCCAUUCUACCUGACGGCCAUGCUCGGCUACUCCGCCGCAGAAAGUGUCCUUCUCUCCACCGCCUUUGACCUGGCGGGCACCGUUGGCAGCGUCGUGUGCGGCUAUGCCUCGGACGCAUGGUGUGGCGGCUACAGUGCGCGCAUCGUAGCUCCCAUGUGCGUUCUCUGUGGGGUCACCACCGUCCUGUAUCCACACGUUGCUGCUAGCGGUCAGAUCGCCAACAUUGCGAUCAUGGCAGCCGUGGGGCUGUUUGUAGCUGGACCAGACUCCAUGUUAGGAGGGGCUGCCUGCGCGGAGAUUUGCGAACGAGCACACGCCCCGUCUGCGUCGACGGGUGCCACGGGCAUCGUCAACGGCAUGGGGUCGUUGGGGGCUAUCGCGUCUGGCAUGCUCCCCAUCCUUGUGAAAGAAUCGUACGGGUGGAACGUGUUGUUUUACACUAUGGGGGGGCUUAGUGUCAUGGGGGGGCUGCUGCUGCUGCCUCUGGCUAGAGACACAACCCACAAAAAAGUCGACUAGAUUCUAUAAGCUGGUUGAUCAUGUGAAUCCACCAUUGUCAACGCAAUCCAAAGAGUUCUAAUUGCAAUUUUGGGCACUCA